CUUGUACUUACGGUAGCGUCCACCGCCACACGGAAGAAAGCUUCCAGCUAGCUACCAGAAACACAAGGAUGUAAAAAAUACAUAUAUGUAUUGCGUCGUUUCUUUUUGCGCUUUUUAUAAAAAUAUAUUUUGGGAAAGAUUACUCAAACUUGUAUAUUUUUCUUUGCACAUUACUUUAUAUCUAUGAACAUGGCGACCUGCGUCCCCUUCCAAACACAGUUAUCUUCAAUAAUGGAGGUUCUGGUGAAGGCAGCAGUAGCAGAAAUCUCCAAACUGGUCGAUGACAAAUGUGCGUAUUUGCAUCUUGAAAUAUCACGAAAGCAAAGCGAGAACGAGAUGCUGAAAAGGAAACUGCGGAUGAUGGAGAACAAAACUGCCCAGCUACAUCGAGGAUAUGAAAACUACACGGAUCGAGGAGCUGACUUAGGGAAUAACUGUUCACAUUCAGCAGGAGAUAUUAAGUUUCCUGAGAUUGAAGGUGCUACUGCUUCCUUCACAAUCAAAGAAGAGAGUCCAGAUGAGGCGCUGUGGCUGAGCGAUUCCACUGGAUCCACCGGUCCUGUUGUACAAUACCCAAAUGCUCCUGAGAACCAGCAGUUAACCCAUUCAGAGGCUGCCAGACAGAAAUCUUCAGAGUUCAGUGACUCGUUUGACUGUGGUCAGCAUGUAGCCGACAUCAAUGGCCUUCAGUUUACAGUAAAAACGGAGAAAGAGGAGGACCACCUGGCAUUCAGUCAGGAUGGAUGUCAGCACAUUAUUGGAAAACAAACUCCAGUUGCUUCAGACGUUUGCCUUGAAGAAAGAGAGAACCAGCUCUGGUCGUCCAUAAUCGAAGGUAACGACAUUGACACUGGUUUUCCUGAUUUCUCAAGUGUAGUAGAGGAGUAUUCCAGCACAUUCUCUGACCAUUCAGAAGCAAACGUAGUUUCUAACACUGGCAAGUCGUCCAGCGUCCAGCAGCUGUCCUCUCAGAGGCUGUGCAAUGGGAUUUACAGCGCUGAGUAUCAGAAGGAUGUUCCACAGCUGUCGAGUUUUCAGCCAAGACUAAACGCUGCUCUGUCGCAUCAAGAAAAGCAGAAGGAGCAGAUUUACCAGCAGAGGAACACCUCACAUGUUGUUCAGCUGAGGCAACCAGAGAAAGAAUCGGAGAGGGACCCUGUCGGUGGGGAUAGGUCUUUAACUCACUCGCACAACAGUUUCACGCAGAGCGGCUUCUACCCUCACACCCACAACAAGCCCUUACCCGGCAUGGCUCGGGGCUACACUUGCUCCCAGUGUGGAAAGGCCUUCAACCGUUUGCACCAGUUCAAGCUGCACCAGCAAAGCCACAAGAGAAAGCGAGCGUUCUGGUGCUCGGUGUGUGGGAAGAGCUUCCAGUGCUCGUCCCACCUCAGCAUACACCACCGGACGCACACGGGAGAGAAGCCGUUCGGUUGCGGACAGUGCGGGAAGAGGUUCACGCAGCAGAGCAGUCUGAGGGUCCACCAGCGCACACACAGCGGGGAGCGGCCCUACAGCUGCUCGCAGUGCGGAAAAACCUUCAUCCUGAUGCACCAUUUGAAGCGACACAGGAUCAUUCACACGUACAGCUGAGGUGGACACGUACGGCUCAGGUGAUGGGAAUCAGAGGAAACCAAAUCAAAACGCCAACAAACGGCAGCUUUUCGUUUUUAACCAUGUGACUGACUUUGUACAUUAAUGCAUAUUUUACUAUGCAAAAUCCAUUUGGAUGGAUUUGAACUUUAGUUGCUUUUUUUUUUUUAAUUAUUGUCUUAAGAUGUUUCAUCCAAGUGAAACUGAACUGUACCUUCAUUUACACAAAGUUAGUAUUUGUGAGACUUUUCCAAAGCUAGAAAUCCCCAAAAAAGAGUUAAAAAAAAAAAAAAAAAGAUCUAAAAUGUCAGAUCUUCAAACAAAAACCUUCAGCUUCUUUCUUACAGUUGCCUGCUUACACUCUAAUCUUCUCAUAAACUGUUUUAGAAGAUACAGGAAUGAGCUCUGCUUCACUCGAGUACUGAAACUGACACUUGUUAAUCGCGUCCACUCAACCAUCAACAGUUACAAGUGGGUUAUCUUGUCAGAUCCAUUAAAGCUCCUCUCAGGUUCAUGUUUUCAUGUCAACAUAAUGGUAACAAUCUGCCCAGAUAUCGCUCUGUGUCACAGUUUCUAUAAGAAUUCUCCUCCAAAUCCCUUUGUUAUGUUUUACAUUAAAAACAUGUUUUUAAACCA